ACAGUUGACACUUGACAGGUUUCGAGCGUGUUUUCCACAAUAAUACCGUAACCUCUAAAUCUAAUAUUUAUGAACAACUGUUAAGGUGUACAUUGUUAAUUAAAAUCGAAAACGAUGGGUAAACGAAAAGGAAAAUGUGCAAAGAAAAACACGGCUACUAAAGGCUCCCUAGAGCCCGAACAUUUAGUAAAAGCGCCCCAUUCUUUCGUAAUUCAUCGGGGAAAGUGUUCAAAGGAUCUAAUGGACUUAGCUAAAGACUUUAGGAAGAUUAUGGAGCCGUUCACAGCGUCGCAGCUUAAAGAGCGUAAAAAGAACACAAUAAAAGACUUCCUGUCAGUGUCUGGGUACUUACAUGUAUCCCACCUAAUGCUGUUCACGGAGACCGAGCUGGGCUCCUACAUGAGACUGUCUCGAAUGCCCAGAGGCCCCACGCUUACUUUCCGAAUACAUAAUUAUAGUUUGUCCCGGGAUGUGGUGUCUUCUCUCCGCAAGCAGUAUGUCAUCUCGCGCGCAUUUCAGAGCGCGCCACUGAUAGUGCUGAACAGCUUCUCGGGUGAAGGCAUGCACAUGAAGCUGAUGGCCACCAUGUUCCAGAAUAUGUUCCCCACCAUCAACAUCACUACAGUCAAACUAAAAAACAUCCGACGCUGCGUUUUAAUGAACUACAACCCUUCAACAAAACUAAUCGAUCUCCGGCAUUACGUCAUCAGGGCCACGCCUGUGGGGCUCAAUAAGGGAACAAAAAAGAUGGUGCAAGGAAAAAUACCAAAUCUCAAUCGAUGCAAGGAUAUGUCAGAAUUCUUUGAUAAGGCCGCGCUGCUGUCGGAGAGCGAGUUCGAGGACGACGGCAACCAGGUGGAGUUGCCGCAGCGACUGGCGGCGCGCGGGGCGGCCGCGCGGACCACUUCGGCACUGCGACUGGUGGAGCUGGGCCCGCGCAUUGCGCUACAGCUCAUCAAGGUAGAAGACGGUCUGAUGGAUGGGGAAGUUCUCUUCCACGAGCUGGUGGAGAAGACGGAAGAACAGAAAGCUCUUAUCAAGAAGAAGAGAGAAGAAAAGAGACGUUUGAAAGAAAAACGAAAAUCACAACAAGCGGAGAACGUCAAGCGCAAAGAGAAGGAAAAAGAAGAAUUGAAACAGAAGGCGCUGGAAGGAAUCAAGAAGAAGAAAGAUGUGACAGAGAACCAGAGGUUGAUGGAGCUGGCGGCCGCGGAGUCACACAACGCGUCCGACAUGGAGCAGGACAACGACGCGCAGUACUACCGGGACGAGGUCGGCGCGGAGCCCGAACAAGAUCUCUUUACGCAAAAUCCGGCGAGGAAAAGGAAAUCCGGCGAUGACGGAGAAGCGAGGGGCUUUAAAAAAAUGAGAUUAGACAACAAGUUGAAAAAGAAAUACCAAAACAAAGACUCUACAAGACAAGAUGACAAAAGGGGGAAAAGAAACUUCCAGAACAAAAAAGAUGGCGGAAAGAACUACCAGAAUAGGGAUGACCGAACAAAGAAGUUUCAAAAUAAAGAUGACAGAAAACGAAAUUUCCAGAAUAGGGAUGACAAAAGAAAUAACUUUAAUAAAAAUCAAGAUGGCAAGAAAUUUAACAGAAAUAACCAAUCAAAUGGGAAAACUAAGAAAGUGUUUGGGGGGAAAUUUAACAAAAUGGGCAAAAUGGGGAAGAGUAAACAGGGUAAAACAGGCAAAGGAAAAGGUAAAGGAAAGUCUAAGAAAUAAUGUAUAGAGUAACAACAAUUAUUAUUAUUCGAAUUUAAGCUUACUUUGUGUAAUAAAUGUUUUAGACUUUU